GCCGCCUCCUGUAUAAAUGGCGCAAAACCUUCCCCUUAGUUCCUUCCAUAUCUAUCUAGUAUAUAUUAAGAACAAACCACCACAUUUCGAUAAUAAGCUCCUCCGUCGAUCUACUCCAAUUGUGGAAAGAUAUACAAAGAUGAGAACGAGGCCUGUGAUGGUGUUUGCUCUGCUGCUGCUCAUGAUGGUGGCGAGCUCUUGCUCAGCCAUGGAGCAAAGGGCUGGUUUCAUGGUUAUGAGGGAGCGUGAGGGCGGGGGAAGGCGACUACUCAGAGAAGGUGGUGCUGAUGAGGAGGACAAUGAGCCACUUCAGUAUUCGGGAAGUAUAGCUACCGACGAUAACCACCAUGGCAUCCCUCUUCGGAAGUACCCUCCCUGAAAAGCCAUGCCGGCAUCUGGCCAACCAUCGCUGGAAUUAACCUCGUGGACUUAGAUAUACAUGAUGCAUAUAUAAGAAUUGUACUAGUUUGGUAUCGAUAGAUGGGGUGACAGAUAUGCAGCCGUAUGAGCAUGGUCGUCUACUGUCCACGUAUAUUGUGUGUAUUUGCAUGUUCAGUAAUGAGAGUAGAGUGUGUUUGUGUAUGAUGUGAUUAUUGGAGCAAAAACCCAUUGAUUUAGAUUAUAAAAUAUCUCAGUUCGUAA